GCAGUAUUUAUGGUCACACUGAGGGGGGAGAAAUGGAAAUUAGCAACGUUUAUCGUUACAUUUAACCACUUGCUGUACUUUUCGACUGAAUGUUGGCCGUAUGUACUGGCGGGCGGACUUCCUGAAUGGCAGAGCGCGGAGAAGUUCCUGAUGAAGGUGUGUAGGUAAUACUUUGACAGCCCUGGAAGACAACAUGUCUGAAGAGGCGAUUUCAGAUAGUGACCUGGAGACCAGCAGUGACAGCGAAGAGGAGUGUAUGGAAAAUGAGGAAGAGGAGGACGAUGAGGACCUGGAGGAAGAUGAGGAGGAAAACGACGGAGAUGACGAAGAUGACGGACUUGAGCGACCUUUGAGUGCCCAGAGUCGAGCAGAUGGGACUGGGGAUGGCAGGGACUCCAAUUCAACUACCUCUGGAGAGCCCUCCCCAGAGCCUCCUUCCCGGCCGUCGUCUCGUCCGUCCUCCGGCGCGGGGAACUUGAGUCAGGGCAAAGCCCAGUCUAGAAAAACAAAGAAGGACAAAGCUUCUAAAAUGGCCAAAUCACUCAAGUCUUCAAAAAGCUCCAAACUUCCCAAACCGGUGAAGCCAGCUCACAUGAGGAAGAAUAUUAGAAAGCUGCUGCAGGAGGACCAGCUGGAGGCUGGGACCAAGGCAGCUCAGCAGGAGGAGAUGGAGAGGCGGAAACGCCUGGAGCAGCAGAGAAAGGACUUUCCCACACCGGCCCCAGGUUUCCCAGACCCUCAACUAGUGGACACAGCAGCUUUAUUAGCGGAAGUAUCUCACUUGGUUCCUGCUCUCCAAGGCAAGCAGGAUGUGAUCUGCCUGGACAGUAGUGGAGAGGAAGACGAAAAAGCAGAGAUAAAUUUGCCUGGCCUUGCCAUCGGAGAUGAUAUAAUUGAGCUCAGUUCAGGGGACGAAGACACCUUGCAGAUUAGCAGCGAGUCGGCUGACGAGGAAGCUGAGGCUGGCCACGGCUCAGAGGAGAGCAGCGGCGCGCACAUCAACGAUGCGCUGAACAUGCCUGAUGCCCAUGGUCGAGUGCUGGUUAAUAUCAACCACCCUCCUGAGGAGAAAGAUAUUUUCCUUGCCCCACAGCUGGCCCGAGCUGUCAAACCUCACCAAAUUGGUGGUAUCCGGUUUCUCUAUGAUAACCUCAUUGAGUCUUUGGAUCGGUACAACACCAGCAGUGGCUUCGGCUGCAUCCUCGCUCACAGCAUGGGCUUGGGCAAGACUCUGCAGGUCAUUUCCUUCAUCGACAUCCUUCUGAAGAACACCGAGGCCCACACUGUUCUGGCCAUCGUCCCUGUGAACACGCUUCAGAACUGGCUGACAGAGUUUAACAUCUGGCUCCCACCUCAGGAGGCCCUUCCCCCCGACACCGACCCUGCAUUUGUUACUGGCCGCGCGUUCAAAGUUCACAUUCUCAACGACGAGCACAAAACGACGAUGGCCAGGGCUAAGGUUGUGGAGGAGUGGUCCAGAGACGGCGGUGUGUUGCUGAUGGGUUACGAGAUGUACCGCCUGCUGUCCAUGAAGAAGAGCUUUGUGAUGGGGAAGAAGAGGAAAACAAAGAAGCCUGCUGGGCCUGUCAUUAUUGACCUGGAUGAAGAGGACAGACAGCAAGAACUGAUGAAAGGUAUUGAAAAGGCAAUAACUCGGCCCGGCCCUGACGUCGUGAUCUGCGAUGAGGGCCACCGCAUUAAGAACUACCACGCCAGCACGUCGCAGGCCUUGAAGAACAUCCGCUCGAGGCGUCGGGUGGUCCUGACGGGUUACCCGCUGCAGAACAACCUCAUUGAGUAUUGGUGCAUGGUGGACUUUGUCAGGCCUGACUUUUUAGGCACUCGGCAGGAGUUCAGCAACAUGUUUGAGCGUCCCAUCUUGAACGGCCAGUGCGUGGACAGCACGCCUCAAGACGUCCGCUUGAUGCGCUACCGCAGUCACGUGCUGCACAGCUUGUUGGAGGGCUUCGUUCAGAGACGAGGUCAUGAUGUGCUGAGACACCACCUCCCAAAUAAAGAGGAGUUUGUGAUCCUGGUGCGGCUCUCUCCCAUUCAGAAGGCGCUGUACACUGAGUUCAUGAAGCGCUUCCGUGAGGCAGGGAACAGCGGCUGGCUCAGCCUUAACCCCCUUAAAGCUUUUUGCGUGUGCUGCAAGAUCUGGAAUCACCCCGACGUCCUCUAUGAAGCCUUGCAGAAGGAGAACCAGGCUAAUGAGCAGGACCUGGACCUGGAUGACAUCACCUCGGCCAGUAACCCCCGCUGCCCUGUUCCCGGUGGCGGUCUGAAGAGCAAACUGGCGGACUCGAGCAAAGUCAACAACAACCUGCCAUCGCUCAAUCCGUCUCAAGAAAGAGCCAAUCAAGUCAUCACGUAUGAAUGGGCAAAGGACAUCAUGUCAAACUACCGGACGGGAGUUUUAGAGAACUCGGCUAAGAUUGUUCUGCUCUUCCACCUGAUUGAAGAAAGUGUCAAAAGAAGAGACAAGAUUUUGGUCUUUAGCCAAAGUUUGUCCACUCUGACUGUCAUUGAGGAUUUCCUGUCAAGGAGACCCAUGCCCCAAGGCAUCGCCUCCAGUGAUAGCCAAAACCCAAACUGGGUUCGCAACCUCAAUUACUACAGACUGGACGGGAGUACGUCUGCAUCAGAGAGAGAACGGCUCAUCAAUCAGUUUAAUGACCCAGAAAAUAGAUCGACCUGGCUUUUCCUGCUCUCUACGCGAGCGGGCUGUUUGGGGGUGAAUUUGAUCGGGGCGAGCCGCGUUGUCGUCUUCGAUGCCUCGUGGAACCCCUGCCACGAUGCCCAGGCAGUGUGCCGCGUGUACCGCUACGGCCAGAGGAAACCCUGCUACAUUUACCGCCUCGUCUGUGACUUUACCCUGGAGAAGAAGAUCUACGACAGACAGGUCUCCAAGCAGGGCAUGUCGGACCGGGUGGUUGACGACUUGAACCCAGUGCUGAACUUCACCCGUAGGGAAGUCGAGUCGCUGCUGCACUUUGUAGAAGAGGAGCCCGAGGCUGAGAAGAUCUCGCCUGAAUCCCAGAGGGACUUGGAGUCGGUGAUAUAUCGAGCUUGUGAGCUCUACCCAAACCUCAUCACCAAGCCACCUUUCCACCACGAGUCGUUGCUCAUGGACCGCAAGGAGUCAAAACUAACCAAAGCAGAGAAGAGAGCUGCAAAGAAGAGCUACGAGGACGAGAAACGAGCUUCUGUGCCAUACUCCCGCCCGUCGUAUGCCCCCUACUACCCGAGUGAACACUCUCUAGCAAGCAUCGCAGCUUUUAACCAACACGGCUGGCGCCAUCUAACACGGCCAGAUGACAAACCGGUUGCAAGUGUCAGGCCCAUCCAGUCGACACCAAUCCCAAUGAUGCCUCGGCAGGUCGGAAUGGGAAUGGCCGGCUCCAGCUCAGCCGGCAGCCUUCCUCUCAACUUCCUGCAGAAAGCAGGCGUUUAUGUGCAAAGGAUUGUCACCACAACGGAUAUCGUUAUCCCAGGAGCCAACAACACUACAGAGGCUCAAGCUCACAUCAGUGCAGGAGAGAGCAUCCAUGUUAUUAGAGGAUCAAAAGGUACCUACAUCAGGACGAACGACGGAAGGAUUUUUGCCAUUCGGUCUGGAAAGAUCAGCAGAGCGGCAGCUGGAGCGUCUGCUCCAUCUAGAGAAACCCAAGCCUCCCUGAUCCACCCAGUGAGUAACGGCUGCUCGUCUCCUGUCGAUCAACAGCAGCGCUCCCCCGCUGCCAACCAGCGGUCCUCCUCUCCUCUGAGCUCUGACUUUCUCAGAGAGCUCAGCCGCUACACGUCGUCUACAGGCGAUGCCGCUGCCGGCAGGGCGAACGAAUCCUCAUCGCUUGUGGAAAUGCCGCCUGCGGCAGCGGGGGACGAGGGCGGCUCACAAACCGACGACCAGAGUCGGCAAAUCGGCAACGACCUGCUGACUUCGGCCACAGAGAUGCAGCGAGGCAACAAACGCAAGCACGACGAGGGCCAGGACGCCUUACAGACAGGAAAACACGCUUCAGGCGCAGCUCACUUCCCUGGAUUCCCCAUGGGCUCUGGCGGGCUCAGUUUUCCACCGAUGGGUCUGAACCUCGGGAACCUCGGUCACAUGAGCCAGCCGCUUCUCAUGCCUGGAAGAGGAUCCUCGUUCCUCCAAACGCCGGGACAAACGCUGGCCGACCUGCAGUCCAUGUUCCCCUCAGUGGGCACAGACCUGCUGAGACAGCCUGCCACAGGGAACGGGCACCUUCCUCCCCCAUCCUCAUCCUCUGCUUUCUCCUCGGCCUCCUCCACUAUUCCCAUGUCAUCGACAGCAACCUCCUCCUCCCUCCCGUCUGGUCCUUUGCCCCCGUACUUGAUGAACCCCACCAUGGCGGGCCUGCUCUCAUCAAGUUUUCCUCUCGGCUACGGUCAGCAACUGCUCUCCGCACCAAGAAUGUUCCCCAGCCCGUUGCUCACGGGGUCAGGGGGCUUUUCCGUGCCCAACUCCAACUCUGCUACACCUGGCUUCCUCUCUCAUUUCAGCAACCCCACCUCGAGCCUGCUAGGGGCCGCUCUGACACAGCCAGACAGACACCAGGGUGCAGUAAACGGAGGGGACAGCUCUGAUGAUGAUGUUAUAGAGGUGACAGGACAAUAAGGUUUCAAAAAAGUCCCACUAAAAGGCAUUUUCAUACAGUUUUUACAGUAAAAAAACAUUAGAAAUGGGAAUUAUUGGAUAAAAAGGAAUAAAACUCAGAGACAAAAGGCCUAAAAUAAGUCAUUCAUGGUUUGAAAGGGUCCAUCAGAAUGCAAAUGUGAUCAAGAGGAGAAAAUGUGGAGGUCAGCAUUAGUGAGUUCAGAUCUAAAACAUUAGAUGUGAAUAAAUUAUUCCUGGGCAUAAAGUUGGAUCAUUUUAAGCCUGUUUAAUACAAUUAACAGGUUACACAGGUUCUGUUUUACACGGUGCCUUCCUGAAGUAUUCAUACCCCUCGAAUUCUUGCCCAUUUUGUCAUAUAAUGGUCACAGCCUGCAAUGUGUUUUAUUGGGAUUUUAUGCAAAAGACCAACACAAAGUUGUGCAUAAUUGUGAAGCUGAAGGGAAUAUUAUGUGGGGGGGCUUUAUUUUGUUUUUAUAAAUAAAAAUCUUAAAAGUGUGGCAUGUAUUUCUGUUCAGCCGCCCAGAGUCGAUACUUUGUAGAUCCACAUUUUGCUCAGUUUCAUCUGCGAAUCCUCUGGGGUUCCUUUCUGCCAGCUUUGCUCAUCUCGGAUUUAGGUUUUUACCGAUCUUUUAUUUAUUUAUUUUUCUUUGCAAAAUAGCUGAAUCUCAUUUACAAUAGAUAGGAAAUGGACAUCAAUUUUCAAUUCUCUAUUUAUUUCUGGACUUUGGCUAGGCCAUUCAAAAACAGUAUGAUUUAAUUAAUAAACCAUUGCAUUGUAGCUGUCUGACUGUGUUCAGCCAUCUUCAAAUCGGCUCCGAUUAGCUUCUCUAUGUAGAUGAAAAGCAUCGUCUAAGCAUGAUGGUGCCACUCUCAUGUUUCAACGUGGGGACGGUCUGUUUGGGGUGCUUUCUGUCUUACACAGCGUUUUGCAUGUCGGCCCUGUCUUCCACAUCUUACAGUUUUCUUUCAACGCUGACCCAGAGAUGUUUAAACCUUUGGAUGUUUUAUAACUCAACCCCACUUUAAACUUCACAACCUUCUCCCUGACCUGUCUGCUGUGUUUCUUGUGGUUCAGUAUGGAAAGUUUUAGCGAAGUUCUCCAGCAAACCUCUUUAUACUGCGAUUAAAUUCCACACAGUUGCCUUCUAUUUACUAAUUAGGUGUUUUCUGAAGGCAAUUGGCUGGGAUUGGAUUAUAUUUUAUGGCAUAUUCCAGAUUUUCUUUUAAGGAUUUAUAAUUUUCCUUCCAGUUCUCAGCUAUGCGCUACUUUUUGCCAGUGUAUCACAGAAAUAUCCCAGUAAAAUGCAUCGAGGCUUGGGGUUGCAAUGUGACUAAAUGUGAAGAGGUUCAAGGGGUAUGAAUAAUUCCCAUUCCUAAUGCUCCUCGUCGGUCAAGCGCACACACUGAUUAUCCUCCCCAAAGAUGAGAAUCGGCUCUUAAAUGCUACAAAGAAUAACAAAAUCCUUAUGCUGAAUGUCUCCGUCCUGUUCAGCGUCGGGUGGGGGGGGGGACAGAUCAAGCGAGGACCAGCCCGGUAUUCCUGGGGAGGCUCCUGCAGCCUCUGCUACAUUUUUACACAAGCGCCGCCGUGCAGUUUGAAUCCCUAAUUCUCCCAAAAUCAGUGAGCAGAGCUGGGUGUGGACAGGUUUAACUCUCUCCUGCUGAACACUAGUCGCACACUCCGUGAUCUGGAGCGGUUCCCUCUCUGUAGAUAAAGGGGUCUCGGUGUUGGUUGAAAAGUAAAACCAUAAAUAAAGAGAAUCCUUCGAGGCUUACCUUGAAAAGCGGGGAGUAUGAGGCAUAUUUUAGUCUUUAGCAGUUUGAUAGACCUUGUAGCAACCCCCUGUUUAAAAGGUACUUGUGAUGCUAUCAUUGGAAAUGUUCAAACUUUGUAAAUAACAGUCUUUAUCAUUGUUUCUAUUGCAAGUCGAUCCUGUGCAGUGUGUAGAUUUGGGUCGUAGAGCGAUUGUUUAUUCCAACAGUGGCCGUCAUGACAAAACUCAGCCCGGCUUUGAUAAGUGAAGAUACAAAUUCAUUUAAGAUUUUUCUUUGUUUCCCUCCAAACUGAAACGAAUGUACUUUCAUGUUGUGAACGCAGGGACUGAGACAUGGAUUUGUACUGUAUGAACUUUAUUUUAUUUCUCUUUCUCUUUUGCCUUCAUCCACUCGAAAGGGUGUUGAGUUUCCUAUUUAGUAAAUCAUUACGUAUCAGACAGCUGGUGUUGCGAGUUUAAGCAGCAAAUCUGAAAGCCAAAUGAAGCUCAAACCAAGGAGUAA